AUGCUUUCCACUCGACCUAUAUCGCGCAACGCUGAAAACAACACAAAUCGCCAUGCUUUUAAGACGCCUUCGCGAGGAUUGGCUGAAAACAGACUCGGUACUCUGAAGGGAAAAGGAAAAGCAGGUGUUGGACAGCAGACUCCGUUUCAGACUAAGACUCCAUUUCAAACAGACACCCAGUUGAAAGGAGGUGUUCGUAUACCAGCCCGCCCUUUUCUAGACAAAACGCCUUUUCCGAAUCGGAUCGUCAACCUGAGUAAUGCCAAUAACAUCCAUGCACAAACGCCCUACCUCCAUCCUGCUUCCGCCUCUGGUACACCCGAUUCUGCUUUACGUCCCAGUUCAACACGAAAACACAUCCGUGUCCCGAGGAAUUCACAAAAAUUCGAGACCCCUUUGAAUACGCGGAAUCACUGGGAUGUGGAUUUGAAUGAUGACAGUGCGGAUGAUAUUGCGGUAGGGUUGCCAGAGUCUGCCCUACCUGAGGAGGAGGAUUUUGACGAGAUUGAGUACAUGGCUCCUAAUACUCUUGGU